AUGUCCAAUGCGAGUGGAGCGGGUGGGAAUGCGAGGUUUCUCAACGAGAAGAGUGGCCGACUAAAGUUGAGCAAGAAGGAAGGACUACAGAGCCUGCCCGUAGCUGGCACGUCAGAUAUCUCGAUCACGCGGGACUGGGAAGGACCAGAAGGCGGCAAGGCGGCUUCCACUCGCUCCUCAAAGCCAAGUGGGCUUGGUCCGCGAGCAGAUCGCUUCAUCACGACCAGUCGCACAGGUGGCCCCUCUGGUCCUCCUCUUCUCGACGAGGGCGGGGGUGAUACCCUCUCCUCAGCCUCGGCAGGGAACAGCUGCUCCUCUUCAGGCGAUGAGUCGUCUCAAAUCGCCGCAAACAUCGCCGCAGCACAGAUGGCGCCCAACGAGGUGGCCGGCAAUACAGACUCGCUCGAGUCGGCGUGCAACGUCGAUAUGAACCAACGCAUCCUCUCUUACAGUGCCGCUCCACCAAACUCGGCCAAUCCGGACAUCAGAUCGCGCUACGCUGCCGCACGACCGAAGACGGUGCCCUCUUCCUUGCUCAGCGGAGGGAGGAGGAAGAUCCCCACCGAGGCGGAGAAGGUAUUGGAUGCACCGGGGAUGAUCAAUGACUUCUACUACCAUCUGAUCGACUGGAGCUCAACAAACCUGGUUGCGGUAGCUUUGCAGAGCGUAGUGCAUGUAUGGAAUGGUGACACCGGGGAGGUGGAUACGCUGUGCGACCUGGAAGUAGAGCCAGAGCGCGUCGGGGGUGGAGGGAUGGUCACGAGCGUCAGGUGGGACUGCGAUGGGGCGUAUCUCUCUAUCGGCACAGAUCGAGGAUACGUCCAGCUCUGGGACGUCGCUUCUGCACAAAGGGUGCGCACACUCAAGCCCUCCGCAGAUGGAGGAGCGGACAACGCCUCCGUCAAUAUCUCGGCUUGGGCGCCAGACGGGACCUUCUCCUGCGGCUAUUCCUCUGGCCUGAUCCGCGAGCACGACGUUCGUGAGCGCGACUCUGUUCUGCGUGACCUUCCCGGCGCGCACGUAGGGCACGUCUCCGGCCUCGAGUGGCGAGCAGACUCUGCGCUCCUCGCAAGUGGUGGAAAUGAUAAUGUGGUCAAGGUCUGGGAUCGACGCACCAAUGUGGCGAAGAUGCGUAAGGAGAAUCACCAGGCAUCAGUCAAGGCUAUCGCGUGGUGUCCUUGGAAUUCAAGCGUCUUGGCCACCGGAGGAGGUACAGCAGAUCGCGCCAUCCACUUCUGGAACGUCACCUCUGGUACGCGCACGCAUAGCAUCCAGACCGACUCCCAGAUCACGGGGCUGCACUGGAGCACGCACUACAGGGAGAUAGUCAGCACGCACGGCAAUCACCUCACAGAUCAGGGCGCAGGUGGCGCCAUCAAUCUAUGGUCGCACCCGGCUUGCAGUCGAAUUGCGGAGAUCAAGAACGCCCACGAUGGCCGUAUUCUGCACACUGCACUCAGUCCUGACGGACAGAUUCUGGCGACGGUGGGCACGGAUGAGAACUUGAAGUUCUGGAGGGUGUUUGGUGGGAAGGAGGAGGGAAGUGGCGGCAAGGGGGGAGCAGGAGCAGGCGCAGGGGCUUCGUCGACUGGAAGUGGGAAAGCGGGUGGUUCUGGUGGUGCGGCUAGUGGGCGCGGCGCAGGAGGAGCGGGGAGGAUGCUGCGCUGA